CUGUCUUUUAUUUCUCUUUGUUCUCAAAGGCGAUUGUCGUUUUUUUUUUUUUCGGACAAAAUUCACACGCUGUGACAUGGAAACCUGAAUGGCCUUGUGACGUGACGAUGAAAAAAGAAAUUCAAAAUUAUUAGUAUCAGUUAGACACUUCAAAGGAAAGACAAUUUCAAGAAGCACCAUGUGUAGUAAUAGAUCAAGAUGUGGAGGACAAGAUUGCUGGAACAAAAUGGAGGAAUUGAAAUAUUUAAUAUGCUCUAUCGAUUCAAGUGUCCAAAGGUUCCACCACCGCCAUCAUGCUGUAUAAUGUUACCACCAAGAAUCCAGGAAGUCCCUUGUAUUCUGCCACCGCGUCGACCAGUCUGCUGUCCUCCACCACCUUGUGCACCUCCAAUAGUUGCUGGACCAUGUUGUCCUUGUCCUCUACCAGCACCGCCACCACCAAAAUGCCCACCACCACCACGACCACCUCCUCCAUGUUGUCCACCACGCUAUCCACUUCCGUGUUAUCCAAGUUCAUAUUGUUAGAUAUCCACCAUCUCCACCAAAAGAUAAUUGGAAUCAUCUUCCUACAACAAAAGCUGCAUGAGAGCAUUGUGAAUUAACUGAUUCACCGAAUAAAAUUUUACGUGAUAACCGCCAAAGAUCCAAUGGGAAUUCUCAGAUUUCCAUUAAAUUGAAAGAACGAAUGUAUGAAAAUGGGGAUGAAAGCUGUGUCUCAGCCCCAAACUCAUCCAAACAAAUGCAAUAAUUAAAGAAGAAACACUAACAAGAUUUGGCUCAAUGGACAAAUGUUAUUACACUUUAUUAAAUAAGAGUUCUACACAAUUUGUAAAGUCCGAGUUCACCAAAAUCAAAUAAACUUUAAUGGGGGCUCAAGUAUCGCACAUGCGACUGAUCAAAAUACUUAUUACUUAGCUAAGUUUAAAUUUAUGUAGGCGAAUCCGAGCCUAAGCAAAGAAAAGAAAAUUUAUAAAAGCAGAAUGCCAUA